GGAACCAGCCACCCAGGCAAGCAAGGCUCGUACCACUUUCUUCACCAAUGGCUCUGGAAUUACCUCGGCCAAUCAGCUGAUCGCUUCGGCGGCGCCAUCAUCAUCGACUCGAUCGCGAGAUACAGUGAAGUCGACGAUUCGCAGUACGUCUCCGAGGAUUUCGCUGCCGCGUUUCCCGACGCGUCACGUGACAUCGCCAAGAACCACAACAGAGCCAACUUUCUCGCCGUCUUUGCGAGAGAGGACAAUUCGAGCCACCAACUUGCAAAAGCAUUUUCAAAAAAUUACGAAAGGGACCGCCGCGCUCGCUUCGUCAGGAUACAGGACUUCGCGGUGAGACACGGACCGUCUUACCAGGGCGUCUACGAGAUGUUCAACCACCAGUCGCACUUCCCCUUCUGGUCCUUCGCUCCUGACGAAGGGGAGCCGCUGCCUCUCCCCGCGAUCCUUCUGACGGAUACAGACGUCUAUAGAAGCCCUGAGGAACCUUGUCCCAGUCCCUGUUCCACCGCUGUGUUCUUCACCAGGAGACGAAGAGCUGUUCUCACCAACAUUGUGGAUUCUGUCACCGGCACUUUACUCCAACUCCAGGCCAAAAGAGCAGAACGGCCCACGGUGGCGCCUGUCAUUAAGAACGGCGAGGAACGGUGCAAGUCGGUGUCUUUGGCCGUCACGUUCUUCGCCGUUCUCACCAUCUUCGUUCUGCAGUGAAUUCGCGUUACGUGAGAUACUACCUGGAUUGUGUUCGGGAAAGGUGAGGGAGAGGGAGAGAGGGAAGGAGAGAGAGAGAGAGGAGGGAGAGG